UUCAAAUUCAAACCUAACUAUGUCCACUAAGCAAAAGCCUUACUCCAAAAACACUUAUGUAGAUCCUACAACUAUCCCUCCUCUUCCAACAGAUGUAAUGGCUGACCUGACAGAUGCUUUCAACUACUACAAGAAGGAAUCUGAGUCAACAAUCACAUUUACAGAGUUCAAAAAUAUUCUCCACAACUUUGGCUUCCAUAAGACCACGAAGAAUGAUCUAGAAACUCAGCUGCAGGAUAGACACAGGAUAAAUUUUAAAGAACAAAAACAUUUUACAUUUGACGAUUGUGUCACUGUUGUAGGUUACAAGCUCACUAAAGGUGAUGGUAGAGAAGAAGAAGCAAAGGAAUGCUAUAAAUUGUUUGAUAAGAAGGAUAGGUCCCAUGUUAAUGUUAAUGACAUUAAGCUCGUAUUUGGUACUUAUUUGAAGCCAACAGCUACUGAUGAAGAGAUUAAGGAGCUAGUUGAGUUCGCAGACCAAGGAAAUAUGGGCCAUAUCACUCAAAGAGAUUUCAUUAAGUUUUAUAAUUCUUAA